AUGUCUUCAUCAGCACCUUCAGCUACCAUCGGAAUCUCUCAGUACACUCUAGAGCGUGCUAAUCGCACCCGUUUACUCAUAGAAAAUUUUUAUGCUCAAACGCUAGCGCAGUGUCAGGAACGAGAGAAGAGGUUGCAGAAAUUAGAAGAAAAAAUGAAUAAAGAAGGCCUUUCAGAAUCUCAAAAGGAGGAACGACGUAAGAUGCACAUGGCAAAAGAAACUGAUUUUUUACGUCUCAAAAGAACUCGAUUAACCGUUGCUGAUUUUACUUCUCUCAAAGUAAUUGGCCGUGGUGCUUUUGGAGAAGUGCGAUUAGUUCAAAAAAUUGACACAGGUCAUGUCUAUGCGAUGAAAAUUUUGCGGAAAACGGAAAUGCUUGAGAAAGAACAGACUGCUCAUGUGCGAGCCGAACGUGACAUACUGUCCGAAGCAGACUGUGAAUGGGUUGUAAAGAUGUAUUUCUCUUUUCAAGAUCCACUGAAUCUAUAUUUGGUUAUGGAGUUUUUACCUGGCGGUGACAUGAUGACGUUAUUGAUCAAAAAAGAUACGUUAUCAGAGGAUAUCACCAAGUUCUACAUCGCAGAAGCUGCUCUAGCUAUUCAAGCAAUUCAUGACUUAAAUUUCAUUCAUCGUGACAUCAAGCCAGAUAAUUUGUUAUUAGAUUCAAAGGGACAUAUAAAGCUGUCUGAUUUUGGACUAUGUACAGGAUUGAAGAAAGCACAUAGAACUGAAUACUAUCGAAAUUGGCCAAGUCAGCUACCGAAAGAUUUCGUGACCAAACCAUUUGAAUCAAAGCGAAAAGCUGAAACAUGGAAAAGGAAUCGGCGAACAAUCGCUUACUCAACGGUUGGCACACCAGAUUAUAUUGCACCCGAAAUUUUCCAGUCGAAUGGUUAUACAAAAGCUUGUGACUGGUGGUCUCUAGGCGUUAUCAUGUUCGAAAUGCUUAUAGGUUAUCCACCGUUUUGUUCGGAGACACCCCAAGAAACAUACCGAAAAGUUAUUAACUGGAAACAGACAUUAGUUUUUCCAGCAGAAAUGCCGAUUUCUGUUGAUGCGAAAACAACGAUCAAAAAGUUUUGCUCGGAGCCAGACCAUCGAUUGGGUCACAAUGAAGGAAUCCAAGAGUUGAAAGUAUGUCCAUUUUUUCGUGGAAUCGACUGGAAAAAUAUCAGAAAGUGUCCUGCACCUAUUCGUGUUGAGGUAAAAAGCAUCGAUGAUACUACAAAUUUCGAUGAAUUUCCUGAUGCCGAUUUACGAAUUCAUGUUGGGGCUACUAAGCAAAGACCUGGUGACAGAGGAGAGUUUUCAAAUUAUACUUAUCGGCGAUUUGAUGGUUUAACUCAAAAUCGUCACUUCAAAAAGAAAUAUAUAGUCAGUAAAAAUUUGAAGGAUCAUUCAAUGUCAUCAUCAGUAGCAUUCAGUGCUGCAACAUCGGAAGAAUUAUGA